AUGUCAGUAGAAGCUGCGAAUUUGGUGGAGAGGUUUGAGAGGCAGGAUAAGGUUAAGGUUAUGGGUGUUGUUCAUAAUAAGGUUGUAAAGAAGAAAAGAUGUCGGAGAAAGGUCAGGAUUCAGCUGCGGGAGCCGGCGAGGAUGGCUUCCACGACUUUACAGGAGCUGUUUGAUUGCUGCAAACACGCUUUCAAAGGGCCCGGGACUGUUCCGUCACCGGCCGACGUGCAAAGGCUGCAACUUAUUAUCGACUGUAUGAAGCCAGAAGAUGUUGGGCUCAGUAAGGACCUUCAGUUCUUCAAACCUAAGACUGAAGUUGAAGGGACUACACCAAGAGUCACCUCGGCCACCAUACACAAAUGUCAAAACUUUGAGUUGUGCAUUUUCUUUAUUCCAGCAAAAGGCGUCAUACCUCUUCACAACCACCCGGAAAUGACCGUAUUUAGCAAGCUUCUCUUAGGGACAAUGCACAUAAAGGCAUAUGAUUGGGUCGAUUCUCCAAGUAAAUUUGACAAUCGAUCGCUCACUCGGUCCAAAUUGAGAUUGGCGAAGCUAAAGGCUAACAAGACGUUCACGGCCCCAUGCGACACUUCGGUUUUAUAUCCGACUUCCGGAGGAAAUAUUCACGAAAUUAGAGCAUUAACACCUUGUGCAGUGUUGGAUGUGAUCGGACCUCCUUAUUCCAAAGAAGACGGUCGUGAUGGUUCAUUUUACAAAGAGGCUACAUAUGAUACUUUAUCGAACGUUGAAAGUACGAGGAAGGUUGAGGACGUCGGAGGCUGCUAUCGAUGGCUCGAAGAAAUCGAGAUCCCGAAAGAAUCAGAGAUGGAUGGCAUUGUGUAUAUGGGUCCACAAAUAACAAAGCCCUCUUCUUAUUAG